AUGGCUACUGACUUGCAUGAUCAAACCCUUGCUACUGACAGUCAAGAAGAUCUAGUUUCCGUUGCCUUCACUUAUCAUGGAGAGCCGCAUACAUUUGCAUUUACUUCUGAUGCGACAAUCAUAGACCUGUCCGAAGAGAUCGCAGAUACGCUUUCGAUACCACCGUCCAAUCAAAAGCUGAUGGUCUCCAAGCUUGGUUUGCUCAAGCCGCCAUUCAAAGAUCCUGACCUGCCCCUUUCUUCUAUCGUAGACAAGAAGAUCACCUUGAUGGGAAGCACAGUUGAGGAAGCAGGUUCUAUUGCUCAAGCUGCUGAACAUGCAUCGAGGAGAGCAACCAGGAGAAGCAGACCUAUGCAGAAAGUACAAGCAUACAAGACGCACGACUGGAAGAAAGAACAAGAGGAAGCCCAAUAUACCUUUACAACCUUAAGACCAUUACCCUACCUUCCGAACCCUUCGAAGUCCUUACAGUUCCUUCAACGACUGAAAGAUGACAUCGGUAUCAAGGCAGCGAUGCGAAAGCACAAGUUCACCGUUCCACUUCUUACCGAAAUGAAUCCAAUCGAGCAUACACAAUCUGAUUCUGAGGGUACGACUAGAACAUUAGGAUUGAACAGAAAUGCUGGAGAAGUAAUCGAGUUAAGAUUGCGGACGGAUGCGUACGAUGGAUACAGAGAUUACAAAACCAUCCGAAAAACUCUGUGUCACGAACUUGCUCACAAUGUCCACGGACCCCACGAUCGCAAUUUUUGGGACUUGUGCAAGCAGAUUGAGAAAGAGGUAGAUGCUGCGGACUACCGGAGUCGUGGACACACUGUGAACAACGAGGAAGUGUAUCAUGGACAUGACGAAGAGGACGAAGUGGAUGAUCAUGGGGGUUGGACGGGUGGCGAAUUUGUUCUUGGUGCGAGCAGUGCUGGUGGUGCUGAGAGCACGGGUCAAGCAUCGAGCCAAGGUAUGACCAGAAGGGAAAUCCUCGCAAAGGCAGCUGAGGAGAGGAUGAAGAGAGCCAGAGAGCAACAAGGUGCUGGAAAAAGCGAGCAAUCGGGGAGCGGUUCAUGA